CUUCCUUGUUCGUCAUCACGUAAAACUACGUUCUGUUCGAAUGUGGCAGCGAAUGUGGUUAUCCGCUUCGGUGGAUGUUUCUUCGGAUGAGAUUUCGCAGGCAAACUGGACAUUUUGAGAGAUAUGACGACGCGGUAGAAUCUAAUAAGGAUUAUAUAUCAGCUAAUUCUUCUCUUUCCGAAGUCUAAACCAAACUGGAGGACAUGACAGCUGCGGCUUGCAGCAUGUGGAGAGGACUUUUCAGCGUAGGAGAAGACCUGGAUGAUGAAGACUUGCUGGAAGCUGACUGGACACGUGCGUCAGCUUCGGGGUCAUCUGCAGUUCCAGCUUGUGCACCCUUAGAAGAAUCACAUGCAGUUUGUGCCCAUGAUGCACAGCAGAGCUCCGCUGCACCAUCAGCCAGCUUCUCAGACAGGAGUUCAGUGCCACGCUCAGAUCUUUCCAAAUCCCGACCUGUCAAAGGUUUAAGAAGCCUGGCCAACCCUGCCUCUUCAUCUGUCUCCUGCUCUGUCCCUCACACACAUGCAGGUUCUCCGGCUUCUCUUCAAGCACCUUUUGGGGGCUCUGAUGCAAUCUCAUCUCUGCGACCUCCCUCAAAAUGUCCACCUGUCCAUUCAAACCCUCAAUCUGGCAUCUGCCAUGUUCCCAAGAAAGACAUUCCAGCUCAGGAUGACUUUGAUGACUGGGAUAUAGAUCUGGAGGAGUUGGACGAGUGUGUUCCUCAGAAAGUUUCUGCUCCAGACAAAGACAUUGAACCCGACAGCAUUUCCCCAGCUAAACGGACGAGAUUAUCAGGUGUUAGUGAAGAUGCACCAGUUAUAACUUCUCUCCGAGGAUUCUGCAACACUACGCCAAAAUCUGCACCCCCGCAGUCCUUUAUUCGUCCCCCAUGUUCUAGUACACUUUUCCCACAAAACUCCCGGCAAGCCCCUGUACCUCCAGCCUGCCGCUUCACCAGUCCAGUGACUCCUGGACCUAUGAGAGCGGCAUCUCCGUGGCAAAGAGGAGCUGUUACUCCUCUAGCAGAAAAUCGCUCUUUAUUCCAGGCUGUAUCUCCUGCUCCGUUGACUCCCCAAACACCACGUCCUCUCCACAUGCCCGUCCUGACUAAUCACUUGGUCCAGCUGGUGUCCGCAGCCAGUAAGACGCCGAGGAGGCCGAGGAGCGAUUCCGGUCGUCCCAAAAUGCGUCGGUUUCCUGGUCCAGCGGGUGCACUGCCGCAACAGAUCAGUGGGCGGGGUCUGGAUGACAUCGUUGUGGCAGUUCCACAGACACCAGCACACGGGGCUGUGGCUCGCACACGCAGUGACGUCCCAAGCUCUCAAGUAAAUGAGGAAGAGGAGUUCAGUGUCGGUCCGUGGGCAGCAAUGAAGGCUGAGAUGGGAUUGGAUGAGAGAAACCCUUCCUGUUUCCUCCAUUCGUACAGCGUUGUCAUGGUGCUGCGGAAAGCAGCGUUAAGACAACUGUCCAAGAAUAAGGUGCCUAACAUGGCGGUGGUGUUAAAGAGCAUUUUACACACCCAUGCCGAUGCCAAAGCAGUGUUCAGGGACCCCACAGGUGAGAUGCAGGGUACAGUUCACAGACGGUUGCUGGAGGAGAGACAGGGAGAGCUGAAGACUGGCGCAGUGCUGCUGCUCAAACAAGUGGGCGUGUUCUCCCCCUCUAAUCGGAACCACUACCUGAACGUAACACCCAAUAACCUUCUUCGAAUCUACCCUCCUGACGGAGCAGUCCACGCCUCCUCCCAGCAUUCUCAGCCUGCACUGGAACCUGCUGGAUUACUGCAUUGUGUGUCCUCCAAGCCUGAAGGGGGCCCCAUAUCUCACAUGGAACUGCAUUUUGAUGAUGAUGAGGAGCAGGAGCAGGGCAGCAUCCCAGCUAAACCUAGGGUCCCAGCUAAUAGGGUGGUCCAGUCUACUGCACGACCUGUCUGCUCAGAGGAUGCUCAAUGGGAUGCAGAUGAUCUUGACGAGCUGCUUGGGGAGUUGCCUGUCGAGUCUUACUCCACCUGACGCCGACCCCAUUAAUAUAGAAAUGUGCCAGACCACAGCAAAAUGGCAUAGCCGAACAUGCUUUUUGUUCAGUUUGUGUUUGUAUAGAAGCUGUUGUAAGAUAUGUACAUAAUCAGAAAACAGUCAUCUAGACGAGGAGAUGAAUAAAUGUUCAAGUUUGAACUGUC